GCAACAGAGGACAGCCCUCUGAUCCCUAGUGUAGCUUGCAGAAACCCGAUCCGGUCCCUGUCUUAGUCCAAACUUAGGGGAGUUAAGGGGAUCACAGCACCAAAGCGCUGUUGCACCAGGGUGUUCGCUCUGUUCAACUCGCCAUGCUUUCGUGGUUAAUUGACCUUGAACGCAGAAGACUUGUGAACCUUUGUGAACCGUCAUCAGCGGUCCAUGGAGGGACAGGAGGAAUGUUCACGCAGAACUUAGCAGUAAUGAGUGAGAUACCGCUGGACCUGGGGAGUCCUGACCAGGAAGGAAAGCUCUACUCAGCCGAGUCGCUGAACAACCUGCACAAGAUGACUGUCUGCACAGACCGAAGGGAUUUGUUAUCGGUUCCACCCCCGACUUGCCCGAAAGGGCCCCCCCAAAGGCUAGAGGAAGCAGUGAGUGAUGGCCUGGGGCCCCCCACUCCAGGGAUCCUGGCCUCUCUCCUGCAUCUCCUGAGACCAGACGCCCUGGUGGGAGGUGAGGAUGAGGAGCGCACGUCUUCGCGGCCUAUCCACCAGGCACCGGUCCACGGAGCCUGGCUCUUACUCGCCGCCAUGUUGCUGAUUGGUCUUCUCUUGUCUUUCUGUGCGAUUUACUUAAUAGCGCGAAACUCGGCGGUGCUGGGGGAGCUCAGGGGAAGCGGCGUGGAGGAGAGGCAUCUGCUGGAGCUCAGGCGCUGGAAGGCCCUGCUGGAGAAGAACCUGGAUAUCUCCAUCUCUGAGGGUACCGCCAAGUGAAAGAAAAGGUGGGGCGCCCCCCCGGUGGAGAAGGUGGUGCCCUGUGGCCAUUUCACAGAGCGGAUGCUCAUCCAGAUGAGCGUGAUUUCAGCACAGGAUAGCGAUUGGAGUUCUGCUUAUUCAGCACAGUAAAUGGCCCUGCAUAUGGAGGGUAGUCAGGUUGUUGAGGAUACACCAUAUUUUAAGUAGAGACUUACAGGAAAUGUGAUUUUUUUUUUAACAAAAAAAGGAAUGAAAUAGAUGUAUUGAAAAAUAAAUUUCAGGUGGCAGGACUUACACUCAGUAGAGCUAUGUACACUGCUUAUUACACACUGCGGGAAAGGAGUGUGCAGUGCGACCAUCCCAGUCUCACACACACCUCCCAGUCUCACAACAUCUCCCAAUCUUACACACACCUCCCAGUCUCACAACAUCUCCCAAUCUUACACACACCUCCCAGUCUCACAACAUCUCCCAGUCUUACACACACCUCCCAGUCUCACACACAUCUCCCAGUCUCACACACACCUCCCAGUCUCACAACAUCUCCCAAUCUUACACACACCUCCCAGUCUCACACACACCUCCCAGUCUCACAACAUCUCCCAAUCUUACACACACCUCCCAGUCUCACAACAUCUCCCAGUCUCAUUCUCGUACCUAUAAGCCAGUGUGGUUUAUCCCAUUCUGACAGUCGUCCAUUUUGACAAAGGACCUGACUGCCGCGGAAUGUCUGCAGUAUAUUUCUAGAAAACAAGAUACGUAAAUGAAAAAAAACAUUAUUUUGUUGAACAGUAACUGUAUAUUUUGUGUGUUUCAUUAAAUGUGUGGGGUCUACUUACA